AAGAGAGGAAGAAAAAAAAGAGCUUUCAUAAUGAGCCAUUAUUGUAGGAAUAGACAAGAAACCUUUACAGACAAGCUGAAUCAGAAAUGAUAUUUGUUUUGUUUACUAAAUAAAAAGAUAAAGAAAUGAAUAAAUGACUUAAAUAUUGUUGAUUCUUGAUUUCUUACUUUCUUUUUACGUUUAUAGAGUUAUAAGUAUCAAAGUAUUUGCAUAUUUUGUCAACUUUUUUCCAUAUCUUGCUCUGAGUUUCUUCUACAGCUUGAUAUCUUUGUUUACAUCCAAUUCAACAUUUGAAGGCCUAGUUUUUCACCUUUUAUUUUAGUGUGCUGAUAAUGGCUGGCUGCUUGGACAACUUUCAAAUAAAUACACCUGAAUGGUUGAAUCUUAGUGAAAAAAGGAAUGCUGUUGCAUCUAUAAUUGCCGGUGUUUUGUUUUUCACUGGUUGGUGGAUAAUCAUUGAUGUGAAUUCAUUAUUUGGCUCCGAAGAUUUCAGCCUUGGUUACCAUGUCUGUGGCAUAUUUGCCACCGUUUCUCUAUUCAUGAUCAAUGCCGUUUCCAAUGGUCAGGUUAGAGGAGAAUCUUAUAACACAGGAUUCCUCGGACAAAAAGCUGCUCGAACCUGGUUGUUCGUUGGAUUUGUUCUGGGAUUUAGUUCAAUAAUUGCAGCAACCUGGAUUUUAUUUGCCGCAUACGUAAUACCAAAUAAACAAGUAAUUUAUCCUGGAAUUGGCCUUUUCCUCCAAAACAUUCUAAUAUUCGCUGGAUCACUUGUCUUCAAAUUCGGUCGCUCUGAGGAUGAUAUGAACUAAUAUUGUAGCUAAAAUAUAGUGCUUAUCUGGACACUUGAACAUAAAGAAAUGAAUCCUAUCAUGUUUCAUUCACAAUAGCCAAAUCCGUGAAUAUACUGAGUACAUGAAAUUUUUGCUUGUAUUCUUUGGAUAAACUGAUACACGGGUCAAGCUUUAGUGUAAAAAAUCACUUGAUCUCUGAGCUUCGUAUUUUUUCUUGAAAUGAUUUUCUAUUCAAUAAAGAACUGAUUGUAUAUCUCAA